GAGAAGAAACACACCUUCUUCUCGCCUCCUCGCUCCCCGCCUCCCGCCCGCCAUUAAUGCGCCCCUCCUCCUACUGGGGCAAGUGGUCAACCAGCUUAGCACGGGCGACGCCGGCCUUCCUUCCCGUGAUCGGCCAAGAGGCCGACGGGGACAGAUAGGAAAGUCAGAGGUGUAGUAUAUAUAAUCCGGCCUGCUCGCCGGCCGGGGUGAAGACAGGCUCUGCCGUUCGCCAACGUCUCUGAGAAAAGCUCCGUCUCCCUUGCCUGAGCCUCCGUCCAUCGAUCGAUCUGCCGCCGGCCAUGGGGAACUGCUUCGGGAGCAGGAUCAGCUCCGACAGCCCCUACAAGACCACCAGCGGCUCCGCCUCACCUUCUUCCUCCUCAGGGUGGGCGUGGAGGAGGAAGGGCAAGGGGGGCGUGAGCGUGUCGAGCAGCCGGGUGUCGUCCUCGCCGUCGACCACGGUGCCGCCGACGCCGCGCAGCGAGGGCGAGAUCCUCCAGUCCGCCAACGUCAAGAGCUUCGCCUUCACGGAGCUCAAGACGGCCACCCGCAACUUCCGGCCCGACAGCGUGCUCGGCGAGGGCGGCUUCGGGUCCGUCUUCAAGGGCUGGGUCGACGAGACCACCUUCGCCCCCGCACGGCCCGGCACCGGCAUGGUCAUCGCCGUCAAGAAGCUCAACCAGGAGGGCUUCCAGGGCCACCGCGAGUGGCUGGCUGAAGUGAACUAUCUUGGUCAGUUGUCGCACCCGAAUCUUGUCAGGCUCGUCGGGUACUGCCUCGAGGACGAGCAGCGCCUCCUCGUCUACGAGUUCAUGCCGCGAGGGAGCCUCGAGAACCAUCUUUUCAGAAGGGGCUCGCAUUUCCAGCCACUGUCAUGGAACCUGAGGAUGAAGGUCGCCCUCGGGGCGGCCAAGGGGCUCGCCUUCCUCCACAGCGACAAUGCCAAGGUCAUCUACCGCGACUUCAAGACGUCCAACGUUCUCCUUGACUCGAGUUACAAUGCGAAGUUGUCUGAUUUUGGGUUGGCGAAGGACGGGCCGACCGGCGACAAGAGCCAUGUCUCCACAAGGGUCAUGGGCACUCAUGGCUACGCCGCCCCCGAGUAUCUCGCAACAGGGCAUCUGACGGCGAAGAGCGACGUGUACAGCUUCGGGGUGGUGCUGCUGGAGAUGCUGUCGGGGCGGCGGGCGCUGGACAAGAACCGGCCGGCGGGGGAGCACAACCUGGUGGAGUGGGCGCGGCCGUACCUGACCAGCAAGCGCCGGGUGUUCCGCAUCCUGGACGCGCGGCUGGGCGGGCAGUACUCGCUGCCGGGGGCGCAGAAGACGGCGGCGCUCGCCAUGCAGUGCCUCUCCGGCGACGCCCGGGCCCGACCCGGCAUGGCGCAGGUGGUGACCGCGCUCGAGCAGCUGCAGGACGCCAAGGAGACGGCAGCGGGCGCCGGGCAGGGGAAGGCGUUCGUCAGGAUGCGCGGCGGCGGCGGGAGCGGCGCGGGAAGGCAGCAGCGGCAGCCCGAGCCGAUGGCCGUGCGGCGGCUGCCGGCGGCGCCGCUGCGGUCGCACCCCGAGUGAUGGGUUGUAAAGAUGAUGAUGUUUUUUUCUUUUCUGAAUGCUGUUAAUGUAGCUGGCUUCUUUGCUCCUGCGAAUCUGGCGUCCGCCAUUUCCAUUGCUCGUUUAGUUAGGCAGCGCAGCGGGAUGAUUGGUGACGAUGGUCGGCGGAGCUUUUUGUUUUGAGGCGACUCCGCCGCCGUCGCCGUCGCCGACUACGCUCGACGGAAAUGCGCGGGAAAAUAACAUGCAAAAAUUAGCGGAA